GCUCAGCUGUGAUUCUCACACUGCUGCUGAUGACAGACUGCACGUCGCAGCCUCUCUCUCUCUGGACUCCCCCUCCUUCCACCAAAUGCAUGCUUCACACAGCCUCACUGAGACCGACUGCGACACCUCCGUGGAAGGAUUUAAUGCGUCUUUCGCGUUGGACUAACUUUCCUGCUAUCUUUUUUUUAAAAAUAUAUAUAUAUACAUAUAUAUUUGCGCCUUUUGGGUGGAUUUCGCCUUCGUCUUCUUCCGCCGGCUGUUUAAAAAUCUAAGCUUCACAAUAAGGAUAAAGACCACAGAGACAUCAUGCCGCUGAAUUCAAAUUUGGCGAGUAAGAACUAUGACUACGACUACGACUCCCUUCAACCGUAUUUCUACUAUGACAACGAGGAGGAGGAUUUCUACCCUCAGCAGCUUCAGCCUCCAGCACCGAGCGAAGACAUCUGGAAGAAAUUUGAACUGCUGCCGACCCCUCCCCUCUCCCCGAGCCGCCGGCCGUCCCUGUCAAGCCUCUUCCCCUCCACGGCGGAUCAGCUGGAGAUGGUGACCGAGUUCCUGGGCGACGACGUGGUCAACCAGAGCAUCAUCUGCGACGCGGACUACUCCCAGACCUUCCUCAAGUCCAUCAUCAUCCAGGACUGCAUGUGGAGCGGCUUCUCCGCCGCGGCCAAGCUGGAGAAGGUGGUCUCCGAGCGGCUCGCCUCCCUGCACGCCGCAAGGAAGGAGUCGUCGUCCUCGGCUGGCGACUGCGCGGAGCCCGCCGGUGCAGCAGCGUGGAGGCUGAACAGCAGCUACUUGCAGGAUUUAAACACAUCCGCGUCGGAGUGCAUUGAUCCAUCCGUGGUGUUCCCGUACCCGAUAGCAGAGACGCCCAAGCAGAGCGCAGGGACGCCGCCUAGUAAGGACUUGGGCUUGGACACACCGCCCAACAGCGGCAGCAGCAGCAGCAGCUGUAGUGACUCAGAAGAUGAAGAUGGAGAUGAUGACGAGGAGGAGGAGGAGGAAGAAGAGGAGGAGGACCAGGAAGAAGAUGAGGAGGAGAUAGAUGUGGUCACGGUGGAGAAGAGGCAGGCGGUGAAACGGUGCGACCCCAGCCCGUCAGAGACCAGGCAUCCCAGCCCGCUCGUGCUGAAGAGGUGCCACGUCUCCACCCACCAGCACAAUUACGCCGCCCAUCCAUCCAUGAGGCACGAGCAGCCGGCUGUCAAGAGGCUGAAGCUGGAGAGCAGCAGCAACGGUGGGGGAGGAGGAGGUGGAGGAGGAGGAGGAGGAGGAGGCAGCGGCGGCCACAGCAGGGUCCUCAAACAGAUCAGCAGCAAUCGCAAGUGUUCAAGCCCCCGGACGUCUGACACGGAGGACUAUGACAAGAGAAGGACUCAUAACGUACUGGAGCGCCAGAGGAGGAACGAGCUCAAGUUGAGCUUCUUCGCCCUGCGGGACGAGAUCCCCGAGGUGGCCAACAACGAGAAGGCGGCCAAGGUGGUGAUUCUGAAGAAGGCGACAGAGUGCAUCUACAGCAUGCAGUCAGACGAACAGAGACUCCUCUCGGUCAAAGAACAGCUGAGGAGGAGAAGUGAACUUUUAAAGCAGAGACUCUCGCAGCUUCAGGGAUCUCGUGCUUAAAAGUUUGAAUCAUAAUAAGACUUUUUUGGCCUUUUGUUUUUUAUGCAAGUUCAAGACUUGGGGUGUACAGUUGUUGUUGUUGCAUGCAAAUGCAAAAAAAUGGAUUCAGUUGUUUUGGAAUCUUGUUUGAUUUCAAUGUUAAAACUGCCUCAAUUGAAGUUAUGGGUGGAUUAAAUAUUUAAAAGUUUAUUUUUAUUAAUAAAAUAUUAAAAAAAUGGGGCUACCCUGUUGAGAGCCCAAACUAAAAUAUAAAUUUUUAUGUUUUGUAUAUACUUAAUAUUUCCUAAGAAAAUGUAUUUUUCGAUCACAAUUGUCUGAAUGUUCAGACCCAGUGUUUGCUUUUUUCAUUAUGUUCCUAGAUUCUUUUUGAAAUAUAAAAACAACUUCUUGAA